GUGUUGAAUGUUGAAGUAUAUUUCUGACGUCUUAAAUAAAAUAUGGAUAAGUAUAUUCGUCAUGAAUCAUGAUCGUUCAACUAACGAAGACACAACUAUGGACGAUCCAGAUUCCUUGGAAAUAUCUCAACCCCUAAAAAAAACAUCGUCGUAUCUGUUUAAUUCGUCUUUGUACACUAUUUUGAAAUUCGACAAACAAACAAAUAGUUUGGUCAUGAAAUGCACAACAUGUUUUAAAUGCAUCAAAGGGAAUAGUCAUUCAACUGGCAAUUUUAUUUCUCAUAUUAAAAAAGUUCAUUCAACUAAAAUGAAAGUAUGGGAAUGGAGAAAAAUUGAAAUUUCAAAAUUCAAAAGUAGAUAAUCAGUCUGAUUUAAACUCUACGAAGCAAUUGUCAUUAAUUGAUAGUAUCAACAGACAAGGAACCAAAACGUCCAAAUCUAGUGAAAAGUUAAGCCAAAAAGAGGUGAAUUAGUUAAUAUCAAAUUACAUUGUAGAAGAAAUGCUCCCAGUAUCUACUAUCGAUAAAGAAUCUUUUAAGACCAUGAUAGAGCGUUUUUUAUCAGUAAGAAAUAAUCCGUACACUAUUUUUUGUAGAAAAUCUUAAAUGCAACUAUUAACUAACGAAUAUAAUACUGUAAAAUGUAAUUUAAUUAAAACUUUAAGUAAUCAAAAAUAUGUAUGCACUACUGCAGAUAUUUGGUCAUCCAACAAUAAAAGUUACAUGGGAAUGACGGUACAUUUCAUUGAUAAAAUUAAAAUAGAAAGAUUUAGUUUUAUGCUAGCAUGUAAACAAAUUAAAUAUUCUCACAAUUUUGAAAAUAUUUGAAAAUUAAUAUAUGAAAUUCAUACUGAAAAUAAUUUAAAUGUUGAGAAAAUUACUCAUACUAUUACAGAUAAUGCAUCUAAUUUUUCUAAAGCAUUUAAAGUUUUCAAUGAUACAAAUACAAAUACAAUUGUGCUGCCAAAAGAACCAAAUAAUUUACUUACAGUUGGGGACACAGAAAUUUUAAUGAAUGAAUGUGAUGAUGAAGAGGAAAUUGAGAGCUCAGAUGAAGAAAAUUUAAUUAUAAAUAAUGUUGAAGUACAGGAGUUACAUAUUGACAUGUAUAAUGAAUUUGAUGAUAUAACAUUACCAAAUCAAAUUCGUUGUUUAUCUCAUACUCUUAAUUUACUAGCAGAAAGUGAUAGUAACAAAGCUAAAAGUAUCAAUUCAUAUAAAGAUUUAUAUAAUGAUGCAUUUGGUAAAGCUCAUAAAUUUUGGAACUUAGUUCGUCGCAGCACAAAAGCUUCAGAUAUGGUAAAAGAUAUUGUUCAGUGUAAAUUUCCAAUUCCAAUAAUUACCCGAUGGAAUUCAUUUUAUAACUCUGUUAAUAAAUUAUUACAGUAUAAAAAUUGUCUAAAUAAUAUUUUUCAAAAACUUAAUAUACCUAGGUUAAAAACUAAAGAAAUAAAAUUUUUUAAAAAAUAUAUAAGAAUUAUGGAACCGAUUGCAAUUAGUUUAGACAUUUUUCAAGGGGAAAAGAAUUGCUUUUUAGGAGUUGUACUACCCACAUUAUUUAUAAUGUCAGAUAAGAUAGAAACAAUUUCCCAUUUGAAACAUUGUCAACAUUUAAAGGACACUAUUUUAAACAACUUUAAAAUUCUGUUUUAUAGCUAUAUCAUUGAUUUAGAAAAAGAAUCAUCUAAAAUAUUUAUAAUUUCUGCUAUUUCUCAUCCAAAGUUCAAAUUGUCCUGGAUACCGUACGAGUACAUUGAUGUUUGUAGACACUUAUUUUUAGAAGAAUGUAAAUACCAUGGUCUACAGAAUGAGAAUGAUGAAUGUCUAUUGUCUAAGUGUCACUUCAAAUUCAUCCCACACUUCUCAUAGUGAUUUUUUUUCUAAUUAUUUUGAACAAAAUUCAUCACCUGUUGAUGAAAAUGAAAAAAAUAUAGGUCUAGUGCAAGAUAUAUUAUAUUUAGAUACAAAAAAUAAAUCUUUGAACUGUCUACAUAAGUACAACGUAAUUAAAAAUAUAUUUUUAAAAUAUAACACAACCUUACCUAGUUCUGCACCGGUAGAGAGAAUAUUUAGUGCAGGUAACCAAAUGUUAUACCCAACUAGAAACUGUUUAAAUGAUAAUAAUUUUGAAAUAUUAUUAUACUUAAAAAAGAAGAAAUCUUUAAGAUAUUUAAAUGUUUAAGGAACUUUUUUAUGUUAAACCACAAUAAUUCUUCUUUAUAUUGUAUAAGACUACAAAAUAUAAAAUACAUGUAAUUGAAUUGGGAUUUUAAAUUCUAAUGGGUAUUGAUAUUUUGUUAUAAAUUAAAAUUAUUAUGUUUUUUGUAGUGAUUAUGCUUUGCUGUAUAAUGUUAUAAUGUUUUCAAUUUUGAUUAUGAUUUUCAUUUGUAAUAUUUUUAUUUUAUUAUAAAUUAUACUUUACACUGUUGUAUUAAAUAACUAUUACUAAAUAUGAUUUAAGCUUUUUGCUUAUAUUCCUAUUAAGUACCUAUUA